AUGUCUCGCGAAGCCUACCAAGUCCCCUCCAUGGGCGCGCAGAACGCCUUCGGCACCGACGCAGGCUUCGGCGGCGCCAUGGCCGUCGACAACCCCUCGGUGGUUUAUCUCUGCGGCGAGUGCUCCGCGCGCGUGCCGCUGAAGCGUGGCGACCAGAUCCGUUGCAAGGACUGCGGACACCGAGUGCUGUACAAGGAGCGGACGAAGCGAAUGGUUCAAUUCGAGGCUCGGUGA